AUGCCUAGAGAUAGUGACGGCGAGGAAGAGGAGGAAGAAGAAGAUAAAGGAGCAUUGCUGUCGGGGGAAGUCAUUCUACCGGACGAACUCCUGCAGAAGAUACUCUCCUUGUUGCCCAUCGCCAACAUCAUCAAAUUGAGCAUCGUGUGCAAACGGUGGUACGAGGUGGUUCACUCCUUCCCCCCGUUGUCUUGGGCGAUGAUGGCGCCACAGAAGCCAUUGUUCUUCAGAUCCUGCUUUAACGACUGUGCCUUCUCGGGCAUCGUGUACGACCCUUCUCUCCUCCGGUGGUGCAACUUCGACUUCCCCCGCUUAGAAAGGGGCAUCUGGUACUCAUCCUCCUCUUGCGGCUUGGUCUGCUUAAUGAACUCCAAUAACGGUGACGAGAACUGCUUAAUAUUAGUCGGCAAUCCCAUCAAGAGAGACUGGAAGCUGCUUCCUCAAGUCCCCGGCGACUCUUCCCCCAACUCCAUCGCGCUCGCCUUGUCAUUUGACCGUCGCACACGCGCCUACACCGUGGUCGUCCUCAAGUGCACCUCCACGUACAACCAUCUGCCAGGGGUGUCCUUCCAACAACGCUUAUCCGUCCACAUCUACCAAUCGACGACGAAAUCAUGGGCCACUCCCAUCGACCAAGACCUGGACCUCUUGAUGGGCAACAACGAUGCUGUCAUAUGCGACGGCCUGCUCUACUACUUCAUCCGCCCGUACCCGGUGCGACGCCCCCAGUUAGUGGUGUUCGAUCUCGCUAAGAUGCCCUCUACCAUUGAGUCUCUGAUUCAAGAAUCGAUUCCUGCACCAUUCGAAAAAAUUGGCCGUGUUGAAUUGAUCAACAUGUCGAACAAAUUGGUCAUGGUCAGUAGGAUAGACCGGCCGCGCAAGGGAGUGGUGAUUUUGGAACUCGAGGAUAAGACAUGGCGGAAGGUGGCUCAAAUGCCGAACUCCAUGUACAAGACGAUAGAUGGCCUAUAUUUCACCUUUUGUGGCAGCGGCCACUUCCUCUUCAUGCACUUCAAAGGGCCGGUGGUACUGACCUUCGAUAUGAGGCAGAAGGUGUGGAAAUGGUCAAGCCAGCUGUGUCUGUGCCCGCGCCAGCGCCCCUACACUAAGUUCAGGUCCCUAUGCUACUGCAGCUUCUGCUUCGAACCGAGGCUCGACGUCUCCUCUUGA